AUGGCGUGGGCGCCGGGGAAUUUCUUGGUGCUGAGCUCCAAGACGGCCGUGGGGAAAGUGUACAACAUCUCUCAGAGCCACACGCCUAUCGGAACCGUGAAACUCGGCGAGACGGGGAGCGGCGUGAGAGACAUGGCCUGGCUGCCUGCGCAGCCGGAAGCGAACUUGGGGGGCUCCGCAAGUGCCGGCCCCAGGGCGAUCUGCGGCUUCCUGGACGGCUCUCUGUCCGUCGCGGACACCGCUUUCGGGGGAAGACGGGCGUGGGGGAAGCAGCCCGGCGGCCGCAGCGGCGCCGCCGGGAGUCGGGGUAGCAGCAGCAGUCGCCGCUGGGGGGGCGGCGGCGGUAGCGGCUCGAUCCCGUGGGCUUCGAAGGCCGGGCACGUCGAGACGGUGUUCUCGUGCGAGCACCGGCCGGGAGACCCGGACACUCUGGCGACCGGUAGCUACGGGUCCAGCGUCAAGGUGUGGCACGUUCCCACCAUGAACCUGAAGGCAACUCUCAGCGGGCAGACCGGCGCGAUCUAUUGCGUGGCCUGGAGCCUCGACGGGAAGCGGAUAGCCUCCACAUCCGGCAAGGGUGCGGUUUGGAUCUGGGACGUCGGGUCGCGCAAGGUGGAGCGGCAGAUUCGCCUUCACGUUAGCGCCGCCCACCGGGUGCAGUGGGACCCGUUCCAACCCGGGCGCCUUGCCUCCGUCAGCGCGGACAAGACUCUGGUCAUCUUCAGCGACAAGGGGACAGUGUAUCGCGUGUACACCCACCCGGAUGCGCUCUUCGGCUGCAACUGGUGUCCGACUCACGAAAACGUCAUCGCGACGGGCUGCAAGGACGGCAAGGUCCGGGUGUUCGAUUGUUCGUGGACGAACGGGCUGGAGCCUCAAUACGUGUUGUCCGGACACGCGCAGAGGGUGUUCCACGUUUGCUGGUCCCCCCUCCUUGAGGGAACGCUAGCGAGCGGCUCCGACGAUGCCACUGUCAUCGUGUGGCGCCUUCCCCGGAAGGCCCUGCCGAGAUCCGAGCCCGCCGGCGCCGCUCGCAAGGUCUCCCCGAGCGCGGUCCUCAGGGGACACACGAGCAAUGUACGGCCGCUGCACUGGAACAGCGAGGUUCCCUGGCUGCUGCUCUCGGGUUCGUGGGACGGAACAGUGCGAGCGUGGGACGUCCGCAAGGCCGGCGUCCGGUGGGGUAGCGGCAGCAGCCAUCAGGGCUCAGAGAAGGGGAUCGGUGGAGGCGGCGACGUUGCUACUGCGGCCGGCGGCGAGGGCCGCCGCGAGGCCUGCAUCGCGGUCAUGUCCGACCACGUCGCCGACGUGUACGGGCUCUCGGCGUCCCCCUCUCGGCCGUUCCUGUACGCCUCGGUCUCGAGGGACACGACGAUCAGGCUGUUCGGCCUCGAGGGCGUCGCGGCCAGCAUCAGGACGGGGGCCGUCCUCGCGGGCGGCUCGUUGUCCUCCGCGCUCUCGGACGCCGCGAGCGCCAUGCUCCCCGCGUCCCCGACGGCGCUCUGCGGCGCCGCGUCUAGACUCGUGGAGACCCAGCUCCGUGACCUGCGGCGCACGGAGGGGGUGGAAUCCAUCGCCGUGUUUCGAAAGCUAUUCGACUACUUCUGGGCCUCGGACGGGGUCGACACUCUCUGGGAGAUGGUUCGCUGGGUGGACGCCGCCGCCGCCGCCGCCGCCGCUACCCGCGCCCCAAACCUUAAAACAACCGGAGAAUCCGCGGCGGCCUCCCGGGACGUGCGCGGCGAAAGCGGAACGGCGGGCUCGAAGCCCGACGUCAGGAGCGGUGGGAGCCGGACGCUAUCGCUGCGGGGGGUGCCAGAAGGGCUCAUGUGCGUGGAAGAGCGCGUCGUGCACCGCGACGCGAGGCGGGAGUCCGACGGAGCGCUCGCGAGGCUCCUGCGCGCGUCCCCGAGGUUCGUCGUACAGGACAGGCGGCUGGGCCGGUCGGACCGCUUGGAGCGCGCGUCCCGGCUCUGCCUGGGGGCGGGAGACCUGAAGGGCUCGUGCGAGGCGAACAUCGCUCUCGGGAGGUGGCAGGCCGCGUUGGCCCUCGCCCCCGGCGUGGGGAUGGAGUACUGGAGAGCGGUCGCCGACCGCUACGUCCGGGAGCUUCUUGUGGGGGAGGAGAGGGGUGGUGGCUGCGUCGACAACAAUGGCGGCGGCGACGGCGGGGGGGGGCAGGCCGGCGGCGCGGACGCGACGUCGUUGGCCGCGGCGCUGCUGGCGUCGACGGGGAGGCCCAUGGAGGCUGUCCGGGGCGUCCUCGAAGGAUCCGAGGAGGCGUUGUCUUUGGCGGUCGCGGUGGCGGACGGGGCCUACCCGCCGCGGCCGGAGCCGUUGCCCCGGGAAGCACCGUCGUCGAUCGAAGCACGCGCCGUCGGUGAAGCGAAAGGAAGCGACCGGCGGCACACGGGAGAGGGGGCCGAAAUCAUCGCGGCGGGGAGGGAGACCGCCGGAACUCGCGGUGUGGAGGACGGAAGGGAUAGGGGCGCGAAACCUCGGGCCCCGAGGGAUGACCACAAGGGCGAGGAAGGAAGCGCAGACGAAGAUCUCGGAGGCGGCGGGGCCGCGAGCGCAGAGGACGAGGAGGGGAAGGGCAGCGCAUCGCCGAAAUACGAUGGACUCGACGGUGUCAGCGCUCGCACCGCGGACAUGGGAAGCGGAUGCGACAGGGGGGUUGCCGAUGGGAAAUUUUCUUCCAUCGAGGAGGGGCCGGGGUCCAAAGCGGACACUGCAUCGGCGUUGCCGCCCCCCCAGUGCGCCCGUCGAUACGACUUACACCCGAAAGAUACAUCAGCGACAGCGACAGCAGCAGCAGACGCUCAGCGCGCCCAAGGCGAGGCAACGCUGCGCUCUAUAACGGAGUCCAAAGCGGAGGAGUUCUUCCAGGCCUCGCAUCCUGCCUUAGCGGCAGCCGCGAUGCUCUCCAUCUGCGACGGCAGCCGCGCGACGGCCGCGCCUGCUCUGGCGUUCCUCGUCCGAGGAGAAGAACCGGAGCUGGCCUACGCCGCCGCCAAAGCCCUCAAGUUCCCCGCUCGAGAGCUCACCCCGCUCGUGCGGGAGAUGGCGCGGAGGGCAGAGGCUUGGGGAGACCCGAACCUGGCCGUCGAGCUGUUGCUAAACACGGGGGGUGACGAGGAAAGCGGCAGCUUUGAGCGCUGUUGUCCCACCGGCAGCAGCAGCAGUAGUAACGUUAACGGCAACAACAACGCCUCGGGAGAGCGCCGCCAUCAUCAUGAUACCCAUGAAGGCGGAUACUGGUCGGCUGACGCGUACGGAGCCUUCGGAGAGGAGGCAGGCCCGCGGGGUGCCGCUAUGGUGGCGACCCGGGCGGCCGCCAGUAGGCGACGGGAGGGCGGCGGUGGCAGCAACAGAAGAAGUACUGAUCUAAACAGCACCGACCCUUGCCCGAGCUUGAGGCUCAGAAGCAGGGCGUCCUACCUGGACGAUGCAGCGGCGGCCGUACGCCGCGACAUGGACGUCGAGGCGGCCUGCGUCUGCGGUGGUGCGAGCUCUUAG